AUGGAAACUCAAACUAGUUUUAUUAAUGAUGGACCUAAAAUUCAUUCAAAUAAAUUAAAUCAACUUGAUUUUUUAAGUGGGAAUAAUAAUAAUAAUAGAGAUAAUUAUUAUAAUAAUAAAAAUGACAAAAAUAGUAUUACCCAUUUUAAUAAUUAUAAUUAUAGUGGACAUUCUUCAUACGAUAAUGAAUCAGCAAGAUUAAUACCAAUUAGUGGAAAUUUUAAAAAUGAAAGUAUAAACAAACAAAGAAGAAAAGUAGUAAUAGCAAGAAUUUUCAUACUUUUAUGUUUAUUAAUUUGUCUAGGUUUGGCAUUAAUGGGAUUAUUCCAUUAUUUAAUUACAAAUGAUAAAAGAUUGGAUUCAAUAUCAAUUUUAUUUUGGAGUGGUAGUGCAUUUUUAAUUAUAGUUUUAAUAAUUUGUUUAUUAGCAAGACAUUGUGGAAGUGAUUAA